AUGGGCGCCGCCGCUGGCCAGCGCCCCUGCGUGCUCAGCUGCCGCAGGCCCGCGCCCCCGCCGCCGCAGGGCCGCACCCCCUCGGGCGGAACGCCGCCACUGCCGCAGGAGGACGCUAUGGAUCUUGCUCCGGGCCGCCACUGCGCCCCCACUCCGCCGCUGGAUCCGCCCGCGCCAGGGCUGGAUCCGGCCUCUCCGAGCGUCGGUCGAGCUCGAGGCCCACGCUGCCGCCAGAUCCAGAGCGGACGCGCCCCGCGCGGCGGCCAGAGCAGGAGGGGAGGGGCGGGAGCGGGAGGGCGGCACGGCGAGGCUCGCGGAUGCCGCGGCUGCGACGUCUGCGAUGGCGUCGAGGCGGAGGAUAAAAGGUAG